ACACAUGAAGUCUCAUUUCGGUCGAGUUUGUUUAGCUUUUAAAUAGGUUUUAAAUAGAUGAUCAAGAAAACAGAAUUAUGGGAUGUGUACAGUGGAUCGACCAUUUUCAUUGCGGUAUGCGGUAUUUUCUACGUACCAUUUCCAAUAGGUCACCUCCAACUAUCCCCAACUUUUGAUCCGGUAUCGCUAAUUGUAAAUCAACCUACGACGUUCAAAUGCACAAGUGACUUCGGAAGGCCAAAUCCGUCCAUUUACUGGUUCAAGGACAACACUACAGAUGAUGUCGCUGAUGGUAUCAAUAUAACAGCUUUCUCGUCGACAUCAACAACAGGCGUAAAUAUAACAAUAAGCACUCUGAUAUUUACCCCUUUGAAAUCCGACCUUGGAAUGCGGCUAUACUGUAGCGGUAAUAACGGUGGACCAUCUGUGACUUCGAAUAUAAGGCCAUUGAUUAAUUUACUGUAUGGACCAACAAUUCCAAUAUUUCACUUCAACGGAACGAAUGUAGAUGUUGCUAUACACGCUCUUUCCGGAACACAAUUCGUUCUUCGAUGUACCAGUAACGGCAAUCCUCACCCAUCAUUUACAUGGACAUAUUCGGGAGGCUCAGCUAUUGGCGAGGAACUUGUUAUUCCUGAGAUUAAACCUUUACACGAAGGGAAUGUCACAUGCUUAGCAAGGAACGUGAUGUUGUCGUCAUCAGGUGGAACACUAACAACACAUCAGGCGGCUGCAAUUUUCCUUCAUAUUGAUGUUCCAAUAACGCAGGUUGCACUUGUUGGGUCAAAUGCUCAGAAUGCUGUCCUGAAAGAAAACGAUACAUCGACCUUUGAAUGCCAGAGCUCGCCAGGAAAACCUCCUGCAAUAAUUCACUGGUACAAGGACGGCGGGACAAAAGAAAUCAUCGAAGAUGACAUUACACUUAAUGAAUAUAACACUACAGCAAUGGCAGAAUUCUCCGUUAAGAGCUUUUUGAAAUAUCAAGCAAAGAGACUAGAUAAUGAAAUGAGUAUAUACUGCACGGCUUCCAAUGUUGGACCAGUGUUUACCUCUCCUCAGCGAUCGAAACUGAUCAUAGUGUCAUUACCGGUUAUCCCAGAGGAACUUGCCAAAACAAUUAUUGGAGCGAAUUCAAUUUUCUUUGUGACCAACUCCAAGCUUCACAAACUUUUUCCAUUUAAUAUCACAUAA